AUGCCCCCAGGUUCUGCACUCUUCGGCCAACCUCCCAACAACCAAGAUGACUGGUUCAUAAUCCGAGGCUUUGCCCGCUCGCUCGGCAUACCGGACGGGGUGCUGAAUCCCAGUCACGGCUUCCCAUCACCCCUUCAACGGCCGCCAAACUCUCCCUAUGUCUCGCGGGGCCCAAGCAUGAUUGCUUCCACGGCCGUUGCGAUGGCCUUGGUGAUAUUGAUCACCGCUGCUCGCCUUGGCCUCAGGUACUUCCGGAGGGAUCUGAAGGUCGGGUAUGAUGAUUUUGUCAUCGUCCCGGCUGCGUUGGCCACAGUUGCGUACAUGGCCGUAGCGAUCGGGCAGGUGGUUUAUGGGGGGGCUGGGAAGCAUGUUUAUGAUAUGACAUAUCAAGAGCUCAAUUGGUUUUACGAGCUUGGAUUCAUUGGCAUAGUGGUUUUCUGGAUGGCGGUUGGCCUGAUCAAAGUCUCGAUUGUGUUUUUCAAUCGCCGCCUGACAGGCCUCACCUCCCACAGAUGGAUGAUCGCCCACUAUGUUUUCCUCGCUCUCAUUGUUGGUUUCAUGAUCACCGCCCUGUUCACUGAACUCUUCCAAUGCACCGGUCCCGUCGACCUGAAAUUCAGCCUCAUUGCCUUGGGCCGUCACCCUACGGGUAACAAGUGUCUUAACGGAAAUAAGCUAGGAUAUGGCUUAGCCAUCAUCCACAGUACCUUUGACUUCGCCCUCUUGACUGUACCACUGAUCGUUCUGUACCAGAUGAGAAUGUCCACCGGGAAGAAGAUCAGACUGGGCUUCCUAUUCUCCAUCGGCUCGCUUUCUUGCAUUGGCAGCGUGAUGAGACAGGUAGUUCAGGCUCGCACCUAUACCGACUUCGAUUUCUCCUGGACCUUUCGACAAGAGCUGGCCUGGAUUAUCGUCGAUAUAUUCUUUGGAAUUGUAGCCGCUUCUCUACCUGUUUUGAACGCAAUCCUCCCGAAGCGCUGGAGGUCUUCGAGCAAUCACACCCCUCAGCUACGCCACCUCUCCAUCUUCAAGAGUGAUCCGAGGGACUCGAUCAAAUUGGAGAGCAAAGACGCUCUUCCGAGACCGGAUGGUACGAUUGUGGAGGGAGCCGGGCAGAUUGACAAAGACUCGUUUCAUACAAAGACAGAAAAACGGUGGGAUGAUGCAUUCGUCAAGGUACAGAGACCAGAGCCGGUGCAAGAUUCUGGCACCAGACAGGGCGCGGAUUUGUCGGAUGAUACUUUAGUCUGA